ACAAAAUAUAAUUAAAACAAGAUAAAAUAGUACAAACAUAUAAUUUCGUUUUAUCACUAGUAGAAUAAACAUAAUUUUCUUAACCAUGAGGUGGUCAGAAACCAUAGUGGUUGCUCUCUCAUUGGCCAAUCAAGCAUAUUGGUCCCACACCAUCUAAUAAUAUGUUAAAAUCUUCAACAUCACCUUGGCAUGAAUAUCAUUAGUUUUUAGAUAAGAAAAUUGUGUAGAGAUUUUAAGAGAAGAAAAUGGCAGCUAUACAUUUAAACCCACAGUCAUUUUCUUCAAAACUUGAGAAAAUAUACAGCAAAACAUACCCUUAUACUCCUCAAAGAAGCUUCCAUUUACAAAUAAAUGCAGUUUCUGGAAAGUUCCUGAUAGACUCAGGAGCAGUAAGAGCCGUUACUCCUAAAGAAGCUGGGAUUGCCCUAAAAUCGGAGGCACUAAAGAUGUUGGAUGUGAGACCCGAAUGGGAACGAGAGAAAGCCAGUGUUGUUGGUUCAUUUCAUGUUCCACUCUUUGUUAAGGAUCCUGAUAACUCUCUUAUAACGUUGAUUAAGAAAUGGGUGCAUCUUGGGUACAUUGGGUUAUGGACAGGACAGAAGUUUACUACUAUCAACUCUGAGUUUGUGUCACAAGUUCAAGGGAUUGUUCCUGAUAAGGAGAGUAUGCUUCUUGUGGCUUGUGGUGAGGGAUUGAGGUCUAUGGUAGCGGUUUCGAAGCUGCACGAAGCAGGAUACACGAACUUGGAAUGGUUGGCCGGAGGAUUUGUUCGAGCCAAAGAUGGUGAUUUCCCUGUUGAAGGAGAUGAAAAGUUGCAAUAUGCUACAAUUGGUGGUGUUUCAUAUUAUUUCCUUAAAAUUCUUAAUCUUUUACAAGCAGGAGACAUUUCUACUUGAUUCUAUGUGUUCUAUUUGUUCUGAUUCACUGUGCUAAGAGCCUAAGACCAUACACUGAUUAUCAAAGUAGCUAAUAUAAGACAAAUCUUGAGUAAGAAUAUGGAAAGAAUAGAUGGCAUUACUGUCAAUAGAGUGAUUCAUUGGAAUUUGGUGGGUUCAUAGUGUGAUGUUUGGCUCGGUAACCAGGGGUGAAUUCAGAUUACUAGUAUAGGGUGGUUCGAACACUCAUCUUUGCAUGUAGACUGAACUAACUCGUCUUUCCAUUUUCUUAUAUUGAGCUGUAAAUUAAUAUUAAUAGGAUUUUUAAUCAACGACAUGGGUCUUUAAGCAGACCUGAGUCUAGAUUCUUAGGAGUCGGUGAUGAUGCUAUUUAUCUUCCCUAGUAUCCAGUGAACUCUGCAUCAUUGCAAACCAAGCUCCACAGGAUAUAAGUGAGGUAGUUAUAAGGCUUGCCUUGAGGCAUGUGCAUCUAUCAAACUCUGGUUGAAGCGACCAGAUAUGUUAUAUGCCCUAUCAACGGCCCUGCUUUGUUCAGCUUCAUUUGAUCAGAAUUACCAGCACAUCCCUGAUGAAAUCUGCAAUCUAGAAGAUGGUUAAGUACAAUACAUAAUUCCUUAGUUGGUUCGCCUUUUGAAUUCGCAAUUCGCUUAAAAUGGUUCAAAAAUAGCCUAAAACCAACCACAGUUAGCGAAUCAUGUAACACUGAAACA